GAUCCCGGGAUCUCCCACUUCCCUCGCCAGACAUCAGCCAGCAACACAGGUGAACACAUCGCUCUCUCUCUCUCUGUCUUUCACACAUACACACAAAUACACACACACAGUCACGCUCGGUUUCUCUGCCGUUGCUGCUGUAACACAUCCAGAGACCACAGAGAGACCACAACAGCACCCGGACCUCACGCACCGGCUCCCCUCAUCCACACAGAGAGAGGAUCGCAGCAGGAGGCGCAUCACAACUGCUGCAACUCGCGCUAAGAGGACUGUACGGCUGCACUGGGCACCACCGAGGAAGACUUUUUUCAACUUUUCUUAAAAAAAAAAAAAAAAAAGAAUAAAAGAUUCCAGAAGCUGGUGACCCUUCUUUAUUGUCGUGCCACGAUGUCCGAGGUGCUGCCAUAUAACGAGGGGAAAAUGAGUGGCUAUGGGGCGGACAGCGAGGUCAGUCAGAUGUCCUUUAGCUGCGGACUGCAGGACACAAGCGCCUUUUUCGCAGCAUCGCAGGCGAAAAGACCCCCAAAACUGGGACAGAUCGGCAGAGCCAAGAGAGUGGUCAUCGAGGACGACCGAAUAGACGAGGUCCUGAAGGGGAUGACAGAUAAGUCUUCGCCUGGCGUUUAAACAUGAACGAUGCCUUGCAGACUUUUUAAUUUUGAUCACCGAUUUGAAGCACUUGUCGGCUGUGCAUGUUCGAGGAUUGUGCGGGAGGAAAAAAAAAUCGACGGCACUAAGCGAGGAUGGGGUGAUGAAACGACAUGAAAAAGAGGCAGAGAAGAGGGGACGGAGAAGGCUAAAGAGAAGAGAUAAAGGGAAGAGGAAGAAAGAAUGAGGAAGAGAGAGAGAGACUCUGGAAGGAAAAAAAAGACCAAGAUUUAUCAUGGGAUUGCUGGCAAUUCUCCAAACGAAUCCCGAUUUUAACUACUGCUGCGCAGCAGGAUGUUGAGAUGGCGGACCCUGCUCUGUAUCUCAACCUCUGCUGACUUUAAUGAUGGAUGAACUUGUCAUUAAUUCACGACCAUCUCUAUUUUUCCUCCUUCUCCAAAAGCGCUGUAAGCAGCAAAAAAUACUGCAGCUAGAGAGUGAAGCUAAAUCCUAGUCCCAUUUCAAUAAGUUGUAGACUUGAUAGGGUAAGAUCCCCCCACCCCCUCCUUUAGGCUCUGCUUUGUUGAUUCAAUCAGCGACGGUGCAUUCAAGGGAGCUGUCCUUUCAGCACUGGUCCAAUGCAUUCCUGUUGCUGCUAAUGCUUUUUGAAAACAGACCUACCAAAACUCUACAGUCUGCUAAAUAGAGGAGACCCAUUGUAUGUAAAAACAAAGAAGCAAACAAAACACACACACAUAUAUAAAUAUAUAUAUAUAUAUAUAUAUAUAGAUAGAUAGAUCUAUAGGCGGGUGCAAUGUUAAUAUUUUCUGUUUUGGCACUUAAACAACAAUAGGCUGCAGAUUAAAUUAAAAAAAAAAAAACAGGCUACAUUCUUGUUCUUGGUUAAAGGUGCAGGCUGACACCUUCAUGUAGCUGAUCUACACCUGCACAUAUCUCUUUUUUUCCUUUAAAAAAAUAAUUUUCUUUGCAUUUCCAAAUGCUCAGAUAUCUACAGAGGCCAGCAGGAACAUGGACAUUAUAGUACUGUUUUAAAUAAUAGUCAUGAAAUUGAUGGGAAAAAAAAUGCUCUUUAUAAUUUGGUUAUUUCGAUUUUGCAAAUAUUUGUGUUUCGUCUUCUAUGACUUUGAAGAUUCUCUCCAUCUAUUUGCAUGAACUUUCACUCCGGUGCCAACGCAGGUGCCACCACUCUUACCCUGGCACGCUUCUUUUUAACGAAAGUCAUAUUUGUAUUUUUAUAUCUAAAUAUUUGUUAUUUAAAUUAUAUGCUAGUCUAUUGUCUUAGAAUUCAUCAACAGGAGUAUUUGUAUUACGGAGAGGAUAUACAGAAUGAGACUAGGCUUCAGAGAUGGGAAUCUAAGAUUUUUUUUUUUUUUUCUGGUGGACUGGUCUCAUUCUAUAUCAGAUGUCGCACAUUUUUUAAAGACUAACUGAAUGUGUCUGGGGUUUUUGCACACAUCAAUGUUAAACUAUUAUUAAGAAAUCGUAUACUGUGACUUGAGCUUCGUUGAUGAAUUUGUUAGAAAAUGGCAGUUUUAGAGUAUAUUGCACUGUUUACGAGUAUCCUCAAAUAACAUGUUGUUAUAUGAUCGAUUUUGGACAUUACCGUUUUUGUUUUGUUCUGUUUUGUUUUUGGUUUUGGGUUUUUUUUUAAAUUUUUGUUUAUUUUGUACCAUUAUUUUAAAGAAACUGGAUAUGGUUUGUUGUGCAUGAAACCUUAAUAUUUUCAAUAAUGAAACAUCGUUUUAUGAAGCAAAAAAGCAACAAAAAUGUCAUGACAUUCUAAGAAUGAGUCAUUGUACAUUAUGAUGCCAUUUUCACUGUAUUUGGUGAAUUAAUAAAUGGUGAAAGAAAA